AUGUCUACCUUUGAAAUAUUACCCAAUGAAAUUUUAAUGAACAUUGUGCGAUAUUCUGGCAACGCUUAUACAAUAUUUCGAGCAUUCUCUGGAUUAAACCAACGUCUAAAUAACAUUCUUAUCGACAGAUGUUUGCAUCUAUUUACUGAUUUAUUAUAUACGAAUCUUGAUGAUUCAGAUAUUAACUAUUAUUACAAUUGUGAUUCAUUUCACGAGAUAUGUCAUCAAUUUUCAUCUUUGAAAACAACAGAAGACGAUAAAAAUCUUUAUCAAUGUUUUCAAUCAUUAAUUGUCUCUUAUAUUAGAGAAACUUUCAACCGAUUGGGCGAUGAAUUUCAAUCAAAUAUAAAACGAUUUCAGUCUAUACGUUCACGUAAUACUGCUAUUGUAAUUAGUAGCCUCGAUAAUGAAUUGAAGAAGAUGUUUCAUUAUUUACCAGUUGCUUUAUGUCCACAAGAUGCCUAUUGUGCAUGGGAACCACAUUUCUCAUCCGAAUCACUCAUAGAUAUGAAACGAAUUGAGUCUCGUAUUCUUACUCAAGGUGCUAGUCUUGAAUGUGAUGAUGACGAUGAGAAAGAAUUUAAUUUUACUAAAGCAAUAAAUAAAUGGUUAUUAGCAAAGGCCAAUCUCACUAAAUCUAAUGAUCAACGACUUAUCAAUCCUCUCAUUCAAAUGUUCAAAGCAUUACUAAUUUCUAAUCCGAAGCUUCUCAAAAAUAAAGGCUACACUAAUUAUGAUACGAAAAGUCGUUCUACACACUAUUUUCUAUUAUACUCGAUUUAUCGAUUAAAAUACUUUCAUGAUUACGCUCCUGUACGACUUAACCCUAUCAAUAUGAACUGAGAUACAAGUUAUUUUGGCUAA